AUGGCUGGACGCAGCAAUAACGCGACGGCCCUGCGCCGGCUCAUGACUGAAUACAAGCAGCUGACCUCGCAAGGAGCGCCAGAUGGCAUGUUCACAGCCGGCCCCAUCUCUGAGUCAGACUUCUUCACCUGGGAGGCGCUCAUCGUAGGCCCGAAGGACACGCCGUUCGAGGGCGGCGUCUUUGCGGCGAAGCUCACGUUUCCGUCUGACUACCCCCUAUCGCCGUUCAAGAUGAAGUUCGAACCACCGCUGUUCCACCCGAAUAUUUAUCCCGAUGGUACCGUCUGCAUAUCGAUCCUGCACACGCCGGGGGACGACCCUACGAUGUAUGAGCAGGCGUCAGAGCGGUGGAGCCCUGUGCAGAGUGUGGAGAAGGUUAUCUUGAGCGUUAUCUCCAUGCUGGCAGAACCAAACUUGGAGAGCGGGGCAAAUAUAGACUGCUGUAAACUCUACCGCGAGAACAAGGCGGAAUACGAACGAAUCGUCAGGCAGUCCGUCAAGGAACAGCUCGGUUUGUAG